AUGGUUGACUUGACGAAGGAAAGUAGUAGAAUUGUGAAGAGCCUCAAUAUUCUUAAACACAACCCUGAUGACUGGAUAUCAAAUGAACCUGAAGAUAAAUAUUGCACAACGUGGAAUGGAUCAUCCGAUAUUGCUUGGAAAGAUGCCAAAUAUGCUCAAAUAUGGGAAUAUCUCAGAGAUGAAUUUAACUUAAACCAGAAAUUUGCAAGACUUGAUUUGAAGUUGAAAUUGGUGGAGGACAUUGGUGAUGAGUAA